GAAAAAAAAAAGUUGAAAACAAACCAAAACUUCCCACUCAUUCUUUCUCUCUCUCUCCCAUACAAUUUAAUGCAUCUUAACUCCUUUAUUGAAAUUUGAAACUCGAGUCUCUCCACAAAAACGCAGUAUUAAAUGCAGCAGAUGAAACCUCACCCACCCUUACCCUUCAAAAAAAAUUAAUCCCAUCCUAACCCCUUAAUUUCCUCCCUCAAUUUCUCUUUCUCUCCCUCACAAAUGGAGAAUUCCCCUUUUUCUCCUCCUCCUCUUCCUCUUCCUCUCCCUUCUCCAUGUCCUCUCCACACAGUUACUUCACCAACCUUGGCCUCGGCUACUCCAUAGCCAUAACCCUCGCUUUUCUCGUCCUCCUCGCCACUCUCUUCCUCUCUUUCUACCUCUGUUGUCGCACCAAUCACAACAACAACAACAACCUCAACAACAACAAUCCCAACAACAACAAUCCCAACAACUACACAGAAGGCAUCGUUUUGUCACGUGACAUCUUCAUAUCUGAAACCGAUGAAGAAAACCAACUCGGCGAAGAAAACACUGUAAUCGGUCUAGAAGACAACGUAAUAAACUCGUACCCGAGGUUUCAAUUCAACAGAGACAACGCUACCGUAUUAGGACAGAACACAACAUGUUCUAUUUGUUUGUGUGAGUAUAAAGAUUCCGAGAUGCUGAGGAUGAUGCCUGAGUGUCGUCAUUAUUUUCAUCUCUGCUGUCUUGAUUCGUGGUUGAAGCUUAACGGUUCUUGUCCGGUUUGCCGAAACUCCCCGCUUCCAACGCCGCUAGCUACUCCGCUUCAGGAGGUUGUUCCGCUUUCUCAGUACGGUGCUGAUCGGAGACGAAGAAGGUGACUUUUUUUUUCUUCUAUAAUUAUAGUUAGAUUGAAAAUUAUUUUAGUGAGGGAUUGAACUGAGGUGAUGUAUGAAUUAUUAGAGUUUUGAGUUGAGGGAGAGGAUGAGAUUUAUAUUUGGCUGUUUUAUGUAAGAACCUUAGAAAAGAACAUUGUAAAGUCCAUUGCUAUCUUGUUGCAGUUAUUGCGUUGCGCCCACAAUAAUGCGGCAGUUGCAGCAGCAUUAUAAUGCAUUGCAGUUUUGUCGA